GCCUGUCUGGCUCACCACACCCCAGGCCUCCAGCUGCAGUGCUGAUAAGGCUCGCACUCCAUCACCCACCACCUAACAAUCUCAGGCCCCAAAGAGCCGCACCCCACACCCUUCCCCGUGAGCGGGUGUGGCCGAGGAGUUAAGAGCUGGGGUGGGGCCCAUCCACGGCUCCCUCUCAGAAGGAAAACAGGGAAGGUGGGAGCAUGUGACGCCCUGCCUUUCCCGGGUGCAGCACCCGCAGCUGGAGGGUCCCCAGGAAGCCCUCGGUUCGGAGGACACAGCAGCCUCAUCCCAGUGUGAUCUUCCUUCAGCAGGUUCAUCAGCAUCAAGAACAUCCUUCAUCAGGAAAUGCCAUCUGAAUGAUUCUAAAGUGGUCAAGUAGUAUUUACAGAAAGACUUUCCCUCUCGGCUUGUUCUGAGGUCCAACACAGCGCUUCAGAGCUCAGACGGUGCAGCUGAGAGGAACAGCUGGGUCCAACCCUCAGAGCAGUAACUUCUUAGCUGUGUGACCUUGGGAGGUGCCAGCGGGAGCUGUGGUUAAUAAUCCACCCGGUGCCAUGGAAAGCAAGCAGCCGUGGGUGGCGCCCCAGUCCUGGGGCCUCCUGAGCAGGUCCUUUCAGGGGACAGGUCGUCUGGACUGAGGGGAAGGACACAGCCAGGACACCUCAACCCACACGCCCUGAGCAGCCCCCCAAAACAGCAUUGCAAGAGGACAGAACACAGCAAAGGGGGUAAGUGUGAAAGGCUGAAAGGGAAUGCGGUUGCUCGGCAACAGGCCCUAGCCCACCUUUGUCUGCUCUGGUGACAGCAGGCAGGUCUGGUCAGGGCCAGCCAUCAGGGCGACCCCUUUUCCUCCCAAAAGUUGCUUCUCUGAGUCGGGGCAGAGCUCCGGUCUCCUGGCAGUGUCUUCAGCUUGGCCCCCGCAGAGCGCGGCUCUGAAGGACUCCCUGACCCACCCUCUCUUAGGACACAAGACCGAGAGCAGCAGGCCCAGGUUCAAAUGGACAGAACACUAUCGAAAUACUCCUGGAAGACGGAGUUCUGGCAGAACCCUUGGGACCAGGGGGGCCUGGCAGUGAUCAUCCUGUUCUUCACCACGGUCCUGUCUCUCGUCUUGUUUGCUAUUAUCUUUGGUUUCCUCCCCGUGAACAAAACGACCAACCAGGAUGAAGAGUCGUGACCUGACUUUCCGAAGGCCAAGGGGGCCACUCUCAAAACACUAUGUACUCUUUCUUCAAAGCCGUUUAACAGUCUGGAAUUAAACAUUUUUCAUAUAAUUAUCUGAUAAAUACCUGUCUUCCCCACUGGUUCAAGUACAAAAAGCAGGGGCUGGGUCUCCUUCUAUUCCCCAUUGUACCCCCUUUUCUGGUGGCGCCUUGCCCAGAGUCAGUACCUGUCAAUGUUUGCUGGUUGAACAAAUGAAUGCAUGAACAAAUGAGCAAAGGAAUGGAUAAACAGAGGCAUGCCUGAACUGUUGGCUCUCUGAGUCUCGAGACCCUGGGAGACGACGGAGCCCAGUACAAUCUAGGCCUAAACCAAAGCAGUUCUUCCUAUCUCAGGGUGCAGAGGCCUCUAGGCCAGAGGUUACUUUCAACCUAAUUACUAUUCCUUUUUACACUCAAAGGUAAAUUAGGCCACGUCAUCAGUCAUCAAACACAUCUCAUGGUCACGCUCAGAGAAAGCAGCUGCACACCGAGAAGACGGGAAGCCGGCUGGGUGCCCCGCAGUGGCCUCCUUCCUAUGACUGCUUGUCUUUCCUCUUGGUGCCAGGGACGCUCGGGCAUCCCCCCAGAGCCCCCAGCCGCCAUGCACCCCACCCACAAUGCAGCCUCUGUGGGCAUGUCCCCGCCUCUGCCGACGCCACCAUGCUGGCCUGUCCCUUGCUGCCAGGUGCCCUCCCUUUGCAAACAGCUGCUUCCAUGUCAGCUUCAAACCAGGCUAUUCUUAGAAAAGGGGCAAAUGUCUGGUGGAGAAGGGGCUUUGCCUUUGUGCUGUGUACCAUUUGUGCAAUAAAGAAACAUUCUCUUUCA